UCAACUGUCGGGUCAUAUCUUCGGCUUCACUGAUGAAUCUGUUUGAAAAUCUAGUGGAGGUGUCGAUGGAGGACAACAUCCCUCAGUCGCGAUCGGAUUACUUUGUGUUCUGCGUUCUGUCAGCGCUUCCGUGGGUCGGCAAAGAGCUCUACGAGAAGAAGGAACAAGACUUAGAACAACUGCUCAACACUAUUGAUAAUUAUCUAAAUAAGCGAAAUAAGACACACCAUCACACGGCUCUUCGAGUCUGGUAUUCAGACACUCCUCAUCCACAGGAAGAGUAUUUGGAUUGCUUUUGGGCCCAAAUAUCUAAACUACGUUCAGAUAAAUGGGUUGAACGGCAUAUAUAUCGACCGUAUUUGGCAUUUGACAGCGUGUUAUGCGAAGCACUUCAGCAUAACUUACCACAAGUACAGCCGCCGCCUCACGAAGCAAAUUAUGUCUAUCCGUACCCUAAAGUGGUGUUCAGACUCUUUGACUACACGGACUGUCCAGAAGGNGACAGCGUGUUAUGCGAAGCACUUCAGCAUAACUUACCACAAGUACAGCCGCCGCCUCACGAAGCAAAUUAUGUCUAUCCGUACCCUAAAGUGGUGUUCAGACUCUUUGACUACACGGACUGUCCAGAAGGUCCGGUCCUUCCCGGCGCGCAUUCCAUUGAAAGAUAUUUAAUUGAAGAACACUUGCAUUGGAUUAUCAAUCAGAAUAAUACUGAUAGAAAGGACUGUGCUAUGAAGUUAUUGACGUUUCCCAACAAACAUAAAAUUCCGUUGGAAUACAUGAUAAUCGAAGUGAUGUUUUCACAAAUGUUUGAUUUACCAAAGAGUAAAUAUUUGGACGUUUUUUACGGCUCAACACUUUUGGAAUUGUGUAAAUUACAGCCCAGUUCUCUGCCUCAAGUGUUGGCACAAGCGGUGGAACUGCUAUUUGAAAGGCUGGACACAAUGAACUGCAUGUGUGUCGAUCGGUUUGCCGUAUGGUUUGCCUAUCAUUUAAGUAAUUUCCAAUUCCGGUGGAGUUGGGAUGACUGGAGUACAGCUCUUACAUUAGACCCGUUGCACCCGAAGCCCAAAUUUAUUCGCGAAACACUUUUGCGUUGUUUGCGUUUGUCUUUUCACGAACAGGUCGUCAAAAUAAUUCCCGACUCUUUCCAUGAGUUGGCGCCCGAAGACCCGAUUCCUCAUAACAAAUACAGUUUAGAGGGCGACAAACCGCCAGAGUCUGUGCCCACCGCUGAAGUCGCCGCCGCUUUAGUCAAUAAAAUCAAAGAGAAAUGCACUCCAGAGGAGGCACUCGAGGUUCUUAAAGAACUGACCGCUCCUUUGAUGGAAACUGAUGACGAGCCGAAUCACAAUUCAUUGCAAAUUGAAGUGUUUGUGACACAAUUGCUAAAGCCGAAUCACAAUUCAUUGCAAAUUGAAGUGUUUGUGACAGUAUUGCUAAAUUUGGCCUCAAAAUCAUUUACGCAUUGUUUUUCAGCAAUUGCUAAAUAUCAUUCGGCAUUUAUGGCGCUCAAGACCUCAGAAGAAGCGCAGAUCUCUAUUUUGAGUACAAUUUUUGAAGUUUGGAGAAAACAUCAACAGUUAUUGGUUAUUCUCAUCAGUAAAUUAUUGAAAUCAGAAGUCAUUGAAUGCUCUUCUGUUGCCAAUUGGCUCUUCUCUAAAGAGAAUUCAUCGGAAUUUAUGAAAUCAUACAUUUGGGAAAUUCUAAACCAAACGAUACAAAAGUCUAUAAGAAGUGUUGAAUCACUUGAAAAAGAAUUGGAAGAAUCGAAAGAAAAAUUACGAAAGUUAGCUACGGACGACAGGCCGCGGAAGAGACGCCGCAAUGACUUCGAGGAAUCAGAAGAAGGACUCGAAUUACGUCUGGAAUCGCUUAUCAUAAGAAUCGGCGAAAAGAGCACAUCCUCUAUUGAGACUAAUAUUGAAGGUUUGGCUAAAGUAUUGACCGCAGACUUAGACAACUCCAAGACUAAGAUUAUAAACAUUAUCUGCGAAUGUGUGGCUAAAUAUCCGGAGAAGACAUGCAUUUACUCAACACUUAUCGGACUCUUAAACGCGAAGAACUAUAAUUUUGGCGGAGAAAUUGUGGAACUUCUUGUGCGACACUUCAAAGACUAUUUGAAAGCUCUGGACUUCGAGUCGGCGAGACUUUUAGUCAGAUUUUUUGGCGAUUUAGUCAACUGUCGGGUCAUAUCUUCGGCUUCACUGAUGAAUCUGUUUGAAAAUCUAGUGGAGGUGUCGAUGGAGGACAACAUCCCUCAGUCGCGAUCCGAUUACUUUGUGUUCUGCGUUCUGUCAGCGCUUCCGUGGGUCGGCAAAGAGCUCUACGAGAAGAAGGAACAAGACUUAGAACAACUGCUCAACACUAUUGAUAAUUAUCUAAAUAAGCGAAAUAAGACACACCAUCACACGGCUCUUCGAGUCUGGUAUUCAGACACUCCUCAUCCACAGGAAGAAUAUUUGGAUUGCUUUUGGGCCCAAAUAUCUAAACUACGUUCAGAUAAAUGGGUUGAACGGCAUAUAUAUCGACCGUAUUUGGCAUUCGACAGCGUGUUAUGCGAAGCACUUCAGCAUAACUUACCACAAGUACAGCCGCCGCCUCACGAAGCAAAUUAUGUCUAUCCGUACCCUAAAGUGGUGUUCAGACUCUUUGACUACACGGACUGUCCAGAAGGUCCGGUCCUUCCCGGCGCGCAUUCCAUUGAACGAUAUUUAAUUGAAGAACACUUGCAUUGGAUUAUCAAUCAGAAUAAUACUGAUAGAAAGGACUGUGCUAUGAAGUUAUUGACGUUUCCCAACAAACAUAAAAUUCCGUUGGAAUACAUGAUAAUCGAAGUGAUGUUUUCACAAAUGUUUGAUUUACCAAAGAGUAAAUAUUUGGACGUUUUUUACGGCUCAACACUUUUGGAAUUGUGUAAAUUACAGCCCAGUUCUCUGCCUCAAGUGUUGGCACAAGCGGUGGAACUGCUAUUUGAAAGGUUGGACACAAUGAACUGCAUGUGUGUCGAUCGGUUUGCCGUAUGGUUUGCCUAUCAUUUAAGUAAUUUCCAAUUCCGAUGGAGUUGGGAUGACUGGAGUACAGCUCUUACAUUAGACCCGUUGCACCCGAAGCCCAAAUUUAUUCGCGAAACACUUUUGCGUUGUUUGCGUUUGUCUUUUCACGAACAGGUCGUCAAAAUAAUUCCCGACUCUUUCCAUGAGUUGGCGCCCGAAGACCCGAUUCCUCAUAACAAAUACAGUUUAGAGGGCGACAAACCGCCAGAGUCUGUGCCCACCGCUGAAGUCGCCGCCGCUUUAGUCAAUAAAAUUAAAGAGAAAUGCACUCCAGAGGAGGCACUCGAGGUUCUUAAAGAAUUGACCGCUCCUUUGAUGGAAACUGAUGACGAGCCGAAUCACAAUUCAUUGCAAAUUGAAGUGUUUGUGACAGUAUUGCUAAAUUUGGCCUCAAAAUCAUUUACGCAUUGUUUUUCAGCAAUUGCUAAAUAUCAUUCGGCAUUUAUGGCGCUCAAGACCUCAGAAGAAGCGCAGAUCUCUAUUUUGAGUACAAUUUUUGAAGUUUGGAGAAAACAUCAACAGUUAUUGGUUAUUCUCAUCAGUAAAUUAUUGAAAUCAGAAGUCAUUGAAUGCUCUUCUGUUGCCAAUUGGCUCUUCUCUAAAGAGAAUUCAUCGGAAUUUAUGAAAUCAUACAUUUGGGAAAUUCUAAACCAAACGAUACAAAAGUCUAUAAGAAGUGUUGAAUCACUUGAAAAAGAAUUGGAAGAAUCGAAAGAAAAAUUACGAAAGGGAAAGAGCUUUAAGAGUCAUUGGUUUCGCUGGACUAUCGGACGACUCCAACAGGUCUUCUUUGAGCAUCACAACCAUGUCUUCAAAUAUCUGUCAACAUUCGAGACCCUAUUAUUUACGGCUGAUUUGGAUCAACACAUUCUUCUCAUAUUCAAACAGUUCUGCGCUCUCAGGAAU